CGAUCUUUUCCAAGAAAGCAAUUCAAAAGUUUUUGCAAUUUCUGUUACCAAAAGGAUUGACACGAGUACAAGAGAAACAGAAACGAAUUUAUAUAUGUGAUAUGUGGAUCAAUGGAUGAAAAAAUGUCGAUUCCAAGUUCUGAUGCUGCUCCUAUGGCUACAGAAGACUCUGAUAUUCCAACAACAGAUUACGACAGUGAUAUUGAGAUUGAAGAAUCGCUGAAAACGCAACAGAAAAAGCAAAAUCCCAAACCAAAAUAUUGGGAUCGGUUUGGUUUGAAAGGAAAUGAUGAAGAACGACAGGAUGUACACACAUAUUCCAGCUUUCAGUUGAUUAAGCUGGGAUUAUAUGCUGUUUUAUUUCUUCUGUUCCUGGCAAGCCUGGUGACUCAGAAAUUGAGUCUUGCCAUCGCAUCUUCCAAGUUAACAACAGACUUUAAACAGGAUAAGAGAACAGCAUCCAACUCUUCUGACCAUCGUCAUGUAUCUGAUCCUGCGGUCCACGGAUUGCUACUAUUUACUGCAAUGUGUGUUCCAUACGUCUUGACUUUCUCGUCCAGCUGUUGGAAAGUUUACUUUGGGAAUUUAAAACGACCGUCCAUUUCAAGCGUCAUUGUGUGCGCUGUCCUUGCUGCCUUGCAAUCAAUAGGACUUUGUCUUCUCGUGUUCCACCUCCUACCAAACAUGGGACCAAUUCAGGGAUUGUUGGUGCUCGGUGCUACUGGAAUCAUACCAAGUUUCUUAAAAUUGCACCUCACGCUGAAUAAAACAUGUGAAAUACGAGCAAAGAUUACCGAAUUCGCAGUGGAUCUUUUUGCGCUCUCUUUGCAGUUGUCAAUCACAGCGUUGAUCUUUGUUCCAAACGUAACAUUUUUCUGUCGAGUUUCCUCGCCCCCUGGUAGCAACGGAGGUUAUUACGUCACAAAAUGUCUGACUAACACAGUAUCACGUAUUAAGGCAGUUUUGGCUCUCUUGCUUACCUCACUGACAUGGUGGGAAAACUUCCUUGAAAAACUUCUUGAGAAGAAAAGUUUGAAGGGACGUAUUUCAAACAUACAGUCUGAUCUCAAUGAAAACAGGGCUUUUAUAAAUAUUUUUGUGUCCAUGUGCAAAUUUGUAACAUCUUUUAUAACAGUUUUUAUCAUCGAAGAUUCUUCACAAAUUUUUGAACAACAUAUUUGGCAAGAAUUCGCCAACCAAAAAGUACAAGAUAUUUUAGAUAUAAUACUUCUAAUUUUAUCAAGUAUAGCAGCUUACUUCAUAGCAUGCACUUCAUGCAAAUUACAAAUGCAAAUAUUUUCGUUCUCAAUUCCAUGUCUUCUCUCCACACCAAUAGCUGCAAUACUUUUUGCAUUAAUAUGUAGUAGAAGCGGGGAGAUUUUGAAGGACAGUUUUUAUUUUGACUGUGAUAUCUCCUGUGACGCCCAGUAUUUGAAAUCUAACUACUGCCUGGUCGUGGCCCUUCUGUGGACUCUUUCAUUGUAUUGGACUGCCAAACACAUUUGGUUUCCUGAACAGGAAAGGAUAGCUAAAGUCGAAAGAUUAUUUGUUAAUCCUCUAUAUUGUGGAAUACUAUUGGAACAAGACUUAGUUCUGAACAGAAAACGGUGCUACAAUGAAAACCUUAAAAAAUCAGAAGAGGAAGAAAGCUUUUCGAAAACUAUUCCUCCAUUAGUUUACGCAUGCGCAACAAUGUGGCACGAAUCACAUUUAGAAAUGGUUCAACUUUUGAAGUCGAUAUUAAGAAUGGAUAAAGAUCAAUCUUUUCGGAAACCGGAAGAAGAAAACGAUUACUAUCGGUUCGAAGUUCAUAUACUUUUUGAUGACGCAUUUAAAAACGGCAUCUUGAAUGAGUACGUCACAAUGUUUGCAAAGGUCAUAGAUGAAGCUACAAGUUCCCUGAAUUCUGAGCCAAUAAAGAUGAUGGAUCCAUUUCUUUUCUGUACAUGUUAUGGAGGGCAGAUAGUUUACAAAAUGCCGGGAGGAAACUUCAUGUUCAUUCAUUUAAAAGAUAAAACUAAAAUACGACGUAAAAAGAGAUGGUCACAGGUCAUGUAUAUGUACUACUUACUUGGGCACAGACUUGAAGUUGAAAAAGAGAGCUUCGCACAGGACAAACCAGAUAAGAUUAAUGACCUAUUCAAGUCUAAGGCUGAAAAUACCUUCAUUCUUGCACUGGACGGUGAUGUGGAUUUCACACCUGGUGCAGUCAGAAUUCUCAUCGAUAGAAUGAAGAAAAACAAAGAUGUCGGGGCGGCCUGCGGAAGGAUACAUCCUAUUGGGAACGGGCCAAUUGUGUGGUAUCAAAAGUUUGAAUAUGCAAUUGCACACUGGUUACAAAAAGCUACUGAACACGUCCUGGGAUGUGUAUUGUGUUCUCCGGGAUGUUUCAGUCUUUUUCGUGGAUCUGCUUUAAUGGAUUACAAUGUUAUGAAAAAAUACGUGCAGGUUCCCUCCGAUGCGUCUGAAGUCCUUAUGUACGAUUUAGGUGAGGACCGCUGGCUGUGCACACUUCUGUUACAGCAGGGAUACAGGGUGGACUAUGCUGCAGGGGCUGAUGCAUACACGUACGCUCCUGAAGGAUUCAACGAGUUCUUCAACCAAAGAAAGCGGUGGGGACCGUCAACGCUUGCGAAUAUUUUGGCACUUUUACAGGAAGGAGAUAAAAUUGUUGAUGUUAACCCCAAUAUAAGCUGGCUGUACAUUAUUUAUUUGGGUUCUUUAAUGGUUUCAACCAUAAUAGGACCAGCUACCAUUUUGAUGUUGAUUGCAGGAGCCUUAGUGACAGUUUUUGAUGUAUCCAUUGUAAAUGGAUAUAUUGCCUCGGUUAUUCCCGGUGUAUUAUUUUUUGUCAUAUGCCUUGUGUGUUCUACGAAGGUCCAGCUAGUCGUAGCCCAAGUUCUCAGUGGAUUUUAUGUCAUAAUUAUGAUGGUGGUAAUGGUUGGACUUCUGAUAACUGCACUUACCCAGUCACCUUACCAUCCGAGUGUGAUAUUUUUACUGGGGCUUGUCAUUAUAUUUGUCGUUGCGGCGGUGUUGCAUCCUCGAGAGUGGGUCAAUAUCUUAUACGGAUUCCUUUAUUUCGUAUCCAUUCCGAGUGGGUUCUUAGUGCAAGUUAUAUAUUCACUGUGUAACGUAAAUGACGUAUCGUGGGGAACAAGAGAAAGCUCUACUCCAAAGUCAGAAGACAAGAAAGAAAGUGAUCCUUUAUCGAAGAUUUUUUCACCAUUUACAAAGCUUACAAAUUUCAGCCCUACAAAAGAUGACUCUGAGAAGGAAAAACUUUAUAAACUACUAGAAAAAGCAGUUGACAACCGUUGUGCUAAAUGUCAAAUUGGAGGAGGUUCAAUUAAACAGAACGUGGUCACUAAUGAUGAAGCUGAUCAACCAUGCCCGGACAAAAAACCCCAAAUUGAUAACUCAAAGAGUAAAGCUAAUGGUGUUAAAAAUAACGGAUCGUCAUGGAAAUGGAUUGAAAACAACCCGUUUCGAGGAGAAGCUGUGAAGAUGGAUAAAAAAGAAAGCAAGUUCUGGAGACAACUUGUCAAACAAUAUUUAGAUCCAAACGAUGAAAGCAUGAAGAAUGAUUUGACAGAAAAGCUUAGAGAACUCCGUAACAAUGUCUGUAGUGGAAUGGCCCUUUUAAAUAUAUUGUGGAUAGUCGUCAAUUUCAUGUUCCAGUUCAGAAGCCCAACUGUUGUUACAUUUCAACUUCCGAUCAAAGAUUACGGUGACGAGAAUGGGAUCUACGAAAUGAAAAUAGAGAUGUUGGGACUGUUGUUCAUCAUAUUUUUUCUGGUGCUUCUUUUAAUCCAGUUUUGUGGCAUGAUAAUGCACAGAUGGGGAACUUUUAUACACCUCGUAGCCAUUACAGAACUUCCCAAUCCGUUUCGUAGAAAAAAUAAUGCAACUGAUUCUGUUGGUAUGAACAAUACAGAUGAAGACGACGAGCACGAAAUGACAAAUGCUGAGACUUUAAAACAAAUUGAAAGCUUGCAAAGAUUUGGAACCAGAUAUCCACGUGCGUCUCAAAACAAUGAUAACGUUGCUGGAACAGACAAUCCCGAUCAAGAUUUUAAUCAAGCCGUUUCUAGACCAAGACUGAGAAAAAAGGAAGGAGCUUAUUCAAAGGCAGACCAAUAGAAAAACUGUUGAAGGGGGCACCGAUUAUGAAAGAAAAGCUAAAUUUAAGACAGCAAUAUACUUACGUUAUAUGUGUAAAUGGAAUGAAUAAAAAAUAACGGCAUAUAGCGGACACGUUACAGUUUCUGUUUAAGACAUUGUAAAAUAGAUUUAUCACUGAGAAAACCGAUUGAGUAAUGGGUUAGAGGUGUCAAAAAGUAAACAGAAUGCCCAAGUGGCAACCCAUUCGCCUGAACACCAAUGCAGAUCUGUGACCUACGCAGUUAGUGUGUAAUAGUUAUAAUUGUUAGUACUGUAUUUUUGUACAAACAUAUGCUAAUUUC